GGACCUCGGCAGCGCUAGGAGCUCGGUAGUGCGCCGCAACUCCGGAGGACUGUGCGCAGGUUACGGAUAGAGCCAGAUACAUACGGAUAUACACGCCUUUCAUCCCGCACACACAAGGAAGGGAUACCUGUUUCAUUCGGGAGAAAGGUCUUUUGUCCGAAAAUGAGGUGGUUCCCCGGAUGCUCUCUCCCCCGGUGGCCCUGAUAGGUUUGCAGUGACCGACGAGGCCCGCAGUCAUGUCCAGCUCGGGAUACCCUGCUGGCCAGGGGGCCUUCAGCACCGAGCAGAGCCGUUACCCCCCUCACUCAGUCCAGUACACUUUCACCACAGCGCGCCAUCAGGAGUUUGCAGUUCCCGACUACCGGCCACACCUGCAGGAGGUCAGCUCAGCCUCCCAGCUCCUCCAGCAGCAGCAGCUCCGGAGGCGCCCCUCCCUGCUCUCGGAGUUCCACCCUGGGACAGAACGGCCGCCCGACAGGAGGCAUGGCACUUACGAGCAGCAGUUCCACACCGUGUCCUCCCAGUCUGACCACGAGGCCUUGGAGUCAAAGAGGCCGAGGAUCGAGGCGGUUUCCGAGGCCCAUUUCCAGCGUGCUGCGGCGGCUGGGGUCCUGUCCCUGACACACACGCUGCCGGAUGGCCUGAGGGCUUCGGCGGACGUGAAGAAGGAGACCACAUCGUUCAACGUGAAGACCGAGGCCUCUUCCCCGGGACCUGGCACCCAGCACCUGGUGGACGAGCAGGACGCCUCCCCGUCCAAACUGUCCAAGGAAGAGCUGAUCCAGAGCAUGGACCGCGUGGACAGGGAAAUUGCCAAGGUGGAGCAGCAGAUCUUCAAACUCAAGAAGAAGCAGCAACAACUGGAGGAGGAAGCAGCAAAGCCAGUAGAGCCAGAGAAGCCGGUCUCUCCACCACCUGUGGAGCAGAAGCACCGCAGCAUCGUGCAGAUCAUCUACGACGAGAACAGGAAAAAAGCUGAAGAAGCCCAUAAGAUAUUUGAAGGGCUUGGGCCGAAAGUUGAACUGCCCCUCUAUAAUCAGCCAUCAGAUACAAAGGUUUAUCAUGACAACAUUAAAACCAACCAAGUGAUGAGAAAGAAGCUUAUUCUGUUUUUUAAGAGGAGGAAUCAUGCACGCAAGCAGAGGGAGCAGAAAAUCUGCCAGCGCUACGACCAGCUGAUGGAGGCAUGGGAGAAGAAGGUGGAGCGGAUCGAGAACAACCCGCGGAGGAAAGCCAAGGAGAGCCGGACCAGGGAGUACUACGAGAGACAGUUCCCCGAAAUCCGCAAGCAGCGGGAGCAGCAGGAGCGGUUUCAGAGAGUGGGCCAGCGAGGGACGGGCCUUUCAGCCACCAUAGCCAGAAGCGAGCAUGAGAUUUCAGAAAUCAUCGACGGACUAUCCGAACAGGAGAACAACGAGAAACAGAUGCGUCAGCUCUCUGUCAUCCCACCCAUGAUGUAUGAUUCCGAGCAGAGGAGGGUGAAGUUCAUCAACAUGAACGGGCUGAUGGACGACCCGAUGAAGGUGUACAAGGCUCGCCAGUUCAUGAACGUCUGGACUGACCACGAGAAGGAGAUCUUUAAGGAGAAGUUCGUGCAGCAUCCCAAAAACUUUGGGCUCAUUGCUUCGUACCUAGAAAGAAAGUGCGUUGCGGACUGCGUUUUGUAUUACUACUUGACGAAGAAGAACGAGAACUACAAGACCCUGGUGAGGCGCAACUACGGGCGGCGCAGAGGGCGCAGUAACCAUCAACAGAUAACACGUCCUUCUCAAGAAGAAAAAGCAGAAGAAAAGACCGAGGAGGACAAGGCGGAGAAAAAAGAGGACGAGGAGAAGAAGGAAGAGGAGGAGAAAGAUGAGAAAGAGGAAUCGAAGGACAUCGGCAAAGACAGAGACAAGUGCGAAGGCGGCGGAGAGGACGAGGAAGGCAAAGAACAAGCCACGCCACGCGGCAGGAAGACCGCCAACAGCCAGGGCCGGCGCAAGGGCAGGAUCACGCGCUCCAUGGCCAGCGAGGCAGCAGCCGUGGCAGCCGAGGAAGGCCCCGCGCCCCCGCCUGCCCCCGCGGAGCCCGCACCACAGGAGCCUGCUCAGCCCCCGAAAGCAGAGGCAGCACCGAAGAGCAGCCGGGACCAGGCCAAAGGCAGCCUGGUAACCAUGGAAACGCAAGCACACAGAGGCACUGCGGAGUCUGGGGAGACAUCGCGCUGGACCGAGGAAGAAAUGGAAGUAGCCAAAAAGGGGUUAGUGGAGCAUGGACGCAACUGGUCAGCCAUUGCCAAGAUGGUGGGCACCAAGAGCGAAGCCCAGUGCAAGAACUUCUACUUCAACUACAAGAGACGACACAACCUGGAUAAUCUCCUCCAGCAGCACAAGCAGGGUGCGCGGCGUUCCAGGGGAGAUCGAGACGUGUCGCAGAGUGAGAGUGUGGCCUCGACCAUCUCCGCUCCAGAGGACGAGGAGAAUGAGGGCUCCAACGAGGAGGAGAAUCCCGAGGACAGCGAAGUGGAUGACCUGGAGUGGAGGAUGUUCGCUCUAGACAGGCCGUCUCUGCUCAGCCCCGCUGGCUCAGUCCUGGUGUCUUCGGCCAUCAAACAAGGGCACCUCAACGUGCAGCAGCUACAGCAGCGAGCCGCCAUGAUCCCUCCCAUGGUGUCCCCUGCCUUCGGCGCCGCCGUGAACCCCCCGCUGAGCGGCCUGGCCAUGUACCAGCAGCAGAUCACGGCGGCGGUGCACGAGGCCUCGCACCAGGAGGAGAAGCAGCGCCAGGACCAGGCGGACCCGGAGAGGCGCAGCUCCAGCUGCCCCCGAACCGGCACCAAGAGCCCCUCUGUUCUGGACCGGGACGCUGGGAAGCCAUUCGCCUACAUGCCUUACGAGGUGAAGCUGUCAAUGGAACAGGAUGCUCAGUCUCACGGUAACUCUGCCAGGUCUGCAUCUCCAUACAGGCUUUCCCCCAGGGAAUUCAACAAGGCCUCCCCACAGCCCGAAGCCUCUCGUUACAGCGUGCCACCAGUCCUCCAGCCUGCUCCGAACCAGAUCUUGCCGAGCCUCCCUGAUGGAGUCCGGGUGACAUUUUCCAGACCCACAAGACCUGCCAACAUUCCGUCUCCUCCCCCCCUCAUUCCAUCUUCCAAACCAUCCGACAAGCCAUCCUUUAUCAUGGGGGGGUCCAUAUCCCAGGGAACUCCAGGAACGUACUUGCCUUCUCACAGCCAAACAGUGUACAGUCAAGAGGCAGCUAAGAGCUCUGUAGGCUCCAUUUCCUUGGGCCUUCCGAGACAGCAGGACCCCUCCAAGCCAGUGUCGUACAUCAAGCAGGAGGAGUGCUCUCCUAGAGGCCAGGCUGCCCAGGCUGAAGGGCUUUUGUCACGGGCGCAGUAUGAAGGUGUAGUGAGAGGUAACCCGAUGUCCGCUAUCCAGGAGGGCAGCAUCACGAGAGGCACUCCAGCCAAGGUCUCUGCCGAGGGCCUUGCUUUCCGAGGUGGCUCCAUCACUCAGGGAACCCCAGCUCUUCCCCAGUCCGGCAUCCCUGCAGACCUGCUGCUGAAAGGCACCAUCACCAAGCUGGCCACGGAGGAUGUGGGCAGCCCUGAGAAAGCCAGGGAGGAGGGUCUCUCCAAAGGGCAUGUCAUCUACGAAGGGAAGAGCGGGCACAUCGUCUCUUACGACACUGUUAAGAAUGUAAGAGAAGGCACAAGAAGCCCGAGGACAGGCCACGAGCUCAUUGGGGUGAAACGCAGCUAUGAAAUGAUGGAGGGAUCAAUAACCAGAGGCCACCCUGUAAGGGAAUCCCAAGUUUCAGCACCUUAUGAAGGUUUGAUAAGUCGUGCACUGCCAAGGGAAGGCCCUCAUGCAGAUCCCAAAGAAAGGACUGUACUAUCUGGAUCCAUCAUGCAAGGGACGCCACGGGCAACGGCAGAAGCUUUUGAUGAGGGGCACAAGUACGGCAAGCAGAUUAAGCGCGAGAGCCCCCCGAUCCGCACCUUCGAUGGAGCCAUCACCAAGGGCAAGCCCUACGAGCCGGUGACCACUAUUAAGGAGAUGGGCCGCUCCAUCCACGAGAUCCCCCGGCAGGAGCUAUCGGGCCAGGAGAGCCGCAAGACUCCAGACAUGGCGCAGAACACUCGCCCCAUCAUAGAAGGGUCUAUAUCCCAGUCUGGGAAAGCAGUGAGUCACGAGAGGAAAAACACCCUCACCCCAACUCAGAGAGACAGCGUUUCUGCCAAAUCGCCGGUGUCUGGGGGUGACCCACUGGCCCCCCACAGCCCCUUCGACCCCCACCACCGCGGCGUUGUCCCAGGGGAGGUCUACCGGGCGCACCUGCCCCCCCACCUCGACCACACUAUCGCCUUCCACCGUGCGCUUGACCCAGCUUAUUUAUUUCCAAGACAGCCUUCGCCAACUGGUUACCACAACACGUAUCAGCUGUACGCCAUGGAGAACACACGCCAGACCAUUCUCAAUGAUUACAUCACCUCCCAGCAGAUGCAGGUCAUUCCCCGGCCUGACGUUGCUAGGGGACUGUCGCCACGGGAGCAGCAGAUCACCAUCCCCUAUCCGCCUGGAGCAAGAGGGAUUAUUGAUCUAGCCCAGAUGCCUCCCGCUAUCCUGUUGCCUCACCCAGGGGGAACAAGUACUCCCCCAAUGGACCGCAUCACCUACAUCCCUGGAACUCAGGCCCCUUUCCCUCCUAGGGCUUUCAACCCAGCUUCCAUAUCUCCAGGUCACCCCGCCCACCACGCGGUGUCGUCGGCCAGCGCGGAGCGCGAGCGGGAGCGGGAGCGGGAGAGGGAGAGGGAGCAGAGAGAGCGCGAGAAGGAGAGGGAGAAGGAGCGAGAGAGGGAGCAGAGGGAGAGGGAGAGGGAGCAGAGGGAGAGUCUGUUCUGUUAUCUAGUGUCUUCCAGUCGGUAUGAUGCACCCAGUGGGGACGCCGUUGAGCUCGUCAGCCCUGCCACCUCUCCGGCACAGUCGCAGGAGAAGCAGGACACCUCCUUCUCGCAGGAGAUGACCAAACCGGCUCAGGCUGAGGCUGAGCAGCGCUCGUUCGAGUCCCAAAUGGGUCGGUACCGGCAGCAGUCGGAGUCGCCCUCCCCACAGCAGCCCCCUUCCUCCCAGGCCGACAUGUACCCCCAAGUCCCCAAGACUCACCGCGUCAUGACGCUGGCAGACCACAUCUCGCUUGGCAGCGUGGCUAUGGAUACGUACGAGCCCAUUUCCCCCCCGCAGAGCUACCCCAGCAUGGACAAGCAGGAGGCCAUGCUGCAGCAGGCCCAGAGACGGGAGGCCGACAACCCAGAGCAGAGGAGUGACUCUCGCUCUCCUGGCAGUGUAAGCUACCUGCCCUCUUUCUUUACUAAGCUGGAGAACACCUCCCCAAUGGUGAAAUCCAAGAAGCAGGAGAUAUUUCGUAAGUUGAACUCCUCUGGUGGCGGGGAUUCUGACAUGGCAAGCGCACAGCCGGGGACAGAGAUCUUUAACCUGCCUGCAGUCACCACUUCUGGUGGCGUCAGCUCCAGGAGUCACUCCUUUGCAGACCCGGCGAGCAAUCUGGGUCUGGAGGACAUCAUCCGCAAAGCCCUGAUGGGCAGCUUUGAAGACAAGCAGGAGGAGCACCAGGGAGCCAACUCCCAGGCCAUUAGCAUGGCCAUGGGCAACAUGACCACCACCAUGACCACCAUGAGCGAUGCCCGGAGAGAGGAGGCCAACCCUUCCCCUGGCACAGGCCAUGCAGCGGGCAAGCAGAAGCUGGCUGGGAAGGCAAACAGCAGGAAGUCCAAGUCUCCCAUUCCAGGGCAGGGCUACGCCGGCGCCGAGCGGCCCUCCUCGGUGUCUUCAGUCCACUCGGAGGGGGACUACCACAGACAGACUCCGGCCUGGGCCUGGGAGGACCGGCCCUCUUCCACAGGAUCCACGCAGUUCCCCUACAACCCCCUGACCAUGCGCAUGCUGAGCACCACCCCCCCGACCACCAUCGCCUGCGGCCCCCCAGCCCUGCAGGCCCAGCCCGGCCUGCUCCCCCAGAGCCGCAUGUGGGAGCGGGAGACCACGCCCAUUCUGAUGGAGCAGUACGAGACCUUGUCAGACAGCGACGACUGAACGCGGAGCGCCGCAUGACUGACAGCAGGGCGCGCCGCCCCUGGAGGGUUUUUGGAUCCGGGGAGGUUUUCCGGGGAACCCAGAUGGUUUCGGAGCGGAGCAGAGCUGCAGCCCCUGGAAGCCGGCUGAGAGACAGAGGGGAGGCUGGUCGAGGGGCGUCUCUGGAAGGGCAGGGCGCAGACUGUUGUGGAAUUUGAAAAAAAACUUUAAUGUAAAGGAAAAGGACUAUUUCUUGUUCAGUUUCAGUUUGUAAAGAAAAAAACUAAUGUCUUUAAAUCACGUAUGUAAAUAGAGAGUACUUUUUUGCAGUGUUUUUCCUCUUUUUUUGACUUUUGUUUUUAUGUUGCUUUGGAAAUUGAUCCAUUUUGUAAAGGGACCUGUAUUUCACCAACAUUUUCAUGUCUGGGCAAAGGAUAACCCCCUCCCCCACCCAGACUUGUUAAAACACUCUCAUCAAGACGAACGCGGCUUUGCUUUUGUGUGGAAGCUGAUGAUGAAAUACAGACCUCAGUGAGUUCCCGUCUCUUUGCCUCAUGUGGAUAUAGCCAGGUUCUCCAGCAUCCCCAAACUGGUAGAGUAAUUCACAUUUCAGCUGCAAUGUAAAUUUGAAUGCAAGUUAUUUUGCUACACUGUGGAAAUAAUGCAUGGGUAUUUUACUGUUUUUGUUUUCUAAAGAAAUGCUUUUUUUGUUCUUUGAGGACUUACCUCAUUGUUCUGCACACUGGUAAUGAACUGUUUUCAUCAUGGACAAACAUAUAAGCUGAAAAAUCCAUUUUAAUUUAUUUUUUUAAACCCAAAAUUAUUGUAUCUUCUAAUUGAACCAAUGUUUUUAAGAGCAAUGCUCACAGUGGUUAAAUGCACAUUUAGAACUGAAGCUCUGGGAACGUUUCUUAAUGGGUGAUGGUUAUCACUAGUGAUUUGGUUUAUCACUAUUACAUCUUCACACAAAAUGUUCGUUUUUCCCACUUUUGAUAUUGUACAGACUAAGAUCUCUUAAACCUUAUUGCGUAUUUGACAAAAAACAUUGUUGCACUUUUGCAUUGUAACUUUCUGAUCAACAUGUUACUUUUUUCAGUUGGGCGCACACCCAGAAUGUUAGCUUUUGUGGCAUUUUUCUUAAAAAUUAAUAUUAAAUUUCGUAUGUGGAGGCUUGGGUGAUACGGCUCUAGUCAGUUUUGGUUCCUGCAGAUUUUUUUUUGUAUUAUACAUGUUCGGCUGCAGUUCAGUUUUGUAAAUGGUACAGUCAUGUGCAGUAAGGUUGCUGCUUUGUCAUAGUAACAUUGUUGUACUGCACUUUCAUGACAUCCUGUUGAUUUUUAUAGUCGAUUAAACAGAAGAGCAGCUAAGCUAUCGUAGCAAGUGAAGUAGAAUCAUUUCUAAUAAUAAAUCACUUAAGACUUUUGAAUUAACCCAAAAAAUACUUUCCCCAAUUUUACUUUAAAAACCACUUAGGCUUCCUUGCCAAGGCUAAGUACUCCACAUUUUGCAAAGAAAACUUUGUUUUUGAUUUUAAACUCCCAGAGCUGAUGUUCUGAUUUUUAGUUUUUUUUUAUUUUCAGUAUCAGUGUGUUAUCCUGUUUGUCAGUUGUUUACUUCGUUAUUGACAAAACAACAACAAAAAGUUUACACAAUGUGAAUCAGUGGAUCUUAGAAGAGUCAGCACAGUGAUGCAUUUCUCCAUCUUUGUAACAUUUUAAAGUGGUUACGUUUUCUGUUUAAUUUGAGACUUGAAAAGCCCAAGCAUCGCAUUUUGCUGAAAUGCAGUUUGUAUGGCACAAAUGUCUUUUUAGUAGUCAAUGACAAAAGUUCAGACCAAUCAAUAAAGUGGAUCAGUUCUCCACCUCUCUGAA